UUAACGGCAUUAAGUUUUUCAACUCGGCCGCGCAAAUAACUCAAGAACGGCAGCUCCCGAAGCAGCCACUGAGCAUAUUGAAAAACACAAGUCCCCGACUCGAUUCGCGACUAAACCAUUCAGUGUGUGACGCGAACUGCCAAUGCAAUAGUUUCUUAAGAAUCUUGGCAGUUCUCAGCUAAAAUUGAAAUUAAAAAGUGCCAGAACCAAGAAAUAAAUAAAUGAUCUUCCAAGAGAAUAAUAUACAUAGUGUUUCCGCCAAAUAAAACGCAAGAAUCGCAGCACCGUUAGUUCUCCUCUCGCUUUUCCCUUUUGCGCUUCUGUGCGUGAAAAGGAGAAGACACGCGAAGUUCGCGAAAAGCUUAAAAUUCGCGACACUUAAAAAUAAACACACUCGAGGAAAUUACAACAAAAAAUGUGGCGCGUGCACGUGUAGCUUGCGACAACAACAAAACAUCGAAAAUGCUUAAAGCGAAUUGCAAAACCAUGUGCGAUAAGUAACCAAAAAAUACACAAUAAAUACAAUAAACAAUUUGAGUAGUUGCCGCACACACACACACACACAGCCCGUGGAUUAUUACACUAAAAGCGACACUCAAUCCAAAAUACCAGCAUCAAAAACAGCAAUAAACAUGCAUUGGAUUAAAUGUUUAUUAACGGCAUUCAUUUGCUUCACAGUCAUCGUGCAGGUUCACAGUUCCGGCAACUUUGAGUUGCGACUGAAGUACUUCAGCAACGAUCACGGGCGGGACAACGAGGGCCGCUGCUGCAGUGGGGAGUCGGACUCGGCGACGGGAAAGUGCCUCGGCAGCUGCAAGACGCGGUUUCGCGUCUGCCUGAAGCACUACCAGGCCACCAUCGACACCACCUCGCCGUGCACCUACGGGGACGUGGUCACGCCCAUUCUGGGCGAGAACUCGGUCAACCUGACCGACGCCCAGCGCUUCCAGAACAAGGGAUUCACGAACCCCAUCCAGUUCCCCUUCCAGUUCUCAUGGCCGGGCACAUUCUCGCUGAUCGUCGAGGCCUGGCACGAUACGAACAACAGCGGCAAUGCCCGCACCAACAAUCUCCUCAUCCAGCGACUGUUGGUGCAGCAGGUACUGGAGGUGUCCUCCGAGUGGAAGACGAACAAGUCGGAGUCGCAGUACACGUCGCUGGAGUACGAUUUCCGUGUCACCUGCGAUGCCAACUACUACGGAUCCGGCUGUGCCAAGUUCUGCCGGCCGCGCGACGAUUCGUUCGGACACUCCACUUGCUCGGAGACGGGCGAAAUUAUCUGUUUGACCGGAUGGCAGGGCGAUUACUGUCACAUACCCAAAUGCGCCAAAGGCUGUGAGCAUGGACACUGCGACAAACCCAAUCAAUGCGUUUGCCAACUGGGCUGGAAGGGAGCUUUGUGCAACGAGUGCGUCUUGGAACCGAACUGCAUCCAUGGCACUUGCAACAAACCCUGGACCUGCAUCUGCAACGAAGGAUGGGGUGGCUUGUACUGCAACCAGGAUCUGAACUACUGCACCAACCACCGACCCUGCAAGAAUGGCGGUACCUGUUUCAACACCGGCGAAGGAUUGUACACCUGCAAAUGCGCCCCCGGAUUCAGUGGCGAUGAUUGCGAAACUGAGAUUUACUCCUGCGAUGCCGAUGUCAAUCCCUGCCAGAAUGGUGGUACCUGCAUCGAUGAGCCGCCGACGAAAACGGGCUACAAGUGCCACUGUUCCAGCGGCUGGAGCGGCAAGAUGUGCGAGGAGAAAGUUCUCACCUGUACGGACAAGCCCUGCCACCAGGGCAUCUGCCGCAACGUUCGUCCCGGUUUGGGUAGCAAAAGUCAGGGCUACCAGUGCGAGUGCCCCAUUGGCUACAGCGGACCCACCUGCGAACUCCAGCUGGACAACUGCAACCCGAAUCCCUGCAUAAACGGUGGAAGCUGUCAGCCGAACGGAAAGUGUAUGUGCCCGGCGGGCUUUUCGGGCACCAAGUGCGAGACCAACAUUGACGAUUGUCUGGGUCAUCAGUGCGAGAACGGAGGCACCUGCAUCGAUAUGGUCAACCAGUAUCGCUGCCAAUGUGUUCCCGGAUUCCAUGGCACUCACUGCAGUAGCAAAGUGGAUUUAUGCCUCAUCCGGCCGUGUGCCAAUGGCGGAACCUGUUUGAAUCUGAACAACGAUUACCAGUGCACCUGUCGGGCGGGAUUCACUGGCAAGGACUGCUCCGUGGACAUCGAUGAGUGCAGCAGUGGGCCGUGUCACAAUGGCGGCACCUGCAUGAACCGUGUCAACUCCUUCGAAUGCGUGUGCGCCAAUGGCUUCAGGGGCAAACAGUGCGACGAGGAGUCCUACGACUCGGUGACUGCCCACCAAUAUGGAGCCACGACGCAGGCCAGAGCCGAUGGCUUGACCAAUGCCCAGGUCGUGCUGAUUGCUGUUUUCUCAGUGGCCAUGCCCCUGGUGGCGGUGAUAGCGGCCUGUGUGGUGUUCUGCAUGAAGCGGAAGCGCAAGCGUGCCCAGGAGAAGGACGAUGCGGAGGCCAGGAAGCAGAACGAGCAGAAUGCGGUGGCCACAAUGCAUCACAACGGCAGCGCUGUGGGCGUGGCAUUGGCCUCGGCCUCACUGGGCGGCAAGACCGGCAGCAACAGCGGCCUGACCUUCGACGGCGGCAACCCGAACAUCAUCAAAAACACCUGGGACAAGUCGGUCAACAACAUUUGCGCCUCGGCUGCGGCAGCAGCAGCGGCGGCAGCAGCGGCCGACGAGUGCCUAAUGUACGGCGGAUAUGUGUCCUCGGUGGCCGAUAACAACAAUGCCAACUCAGACUUUUGUGUGGCUCCGCUUCAGAGGGCCAAGUCGCAGAAGCAACUCAACACCGAUCCCACGCUCAUGCACCGCAGUUCGCCGGCAGGCAGCUCCUCCAAGGGAGCGACGGGGGGAGCACCGGGCGCGGCGGAGGGCAAGAGGAUCUCCGUGCUGGGCGAGGGCUCCUACUGCAGCCAGCGUUGGCCCUCGUUGGCGGCAGCGGGCGUGGCGGGAGCCUGUUCAUCCCAGCUGAUGGCCGCCGCCUCGGCAGCGGGCAGCGGAGCGGGGGCGGCGCAACAGCAGCGGUCCGUGGUCUGCGGCACUCCGCACAUGUAACUCCAAAAAUCCGGACGGGCUCCAGGCAAAUCCGGAGAAAUCCGUAUGGAGCUAACAGCACACACACACACACAUACACAAAGAAAAGACUGGGUUGGGUUCGAAAUGUGAGAGAGACGCCAAAAUGUUGUUGUUGUUGAUUGAAGCAGUUUAGUCGUCACGAAAAAAUGAAAAAAUCUGUAACAGGCAAAAACUCGUAAACUCCCUUAAAAAUUUUGUAUAGUAAUUAGCAUAACUGUGACCUAGCCGUUUCGAUCGUUCGAGAUAUCAUUGUUUCCAGCUGGAACAUUUUUUAUAAAUUUUAUAGAACGCAAUCUUAGGAAUUAUAACUUUGGAAAUCAUAAAGUUUGAAUACAAAUUUUAAAAUAUUGAAAAUUAUUAAAAAAAAAAAAAACAAACAAGUUACUCGAUCGACACUGCAAACGGAACACAGUUUUUGCAACCAUAAUUAUUCCAAUGGACUGACCAAAGCCUAAAGUUGUAUACCAUAAAGACAAACAUUCAAAAUUAAAAAACCUUUUUGUUUUUGACACCCCCAAAACCCCUGAAAAGAAAAAUCACUUGACCAAUUGCUUGCUAGAAUUUAGACCAAGACUAAGAACCACUGGACGACAGAGUCAGAGAGACGACUCUGCACAAGUUUUGACGUUUUGCAUGUUACUGAAAAAUCUGCUUCAAUUUAAUCUAUUUUUCACUUAGUUCGGAAUAAAUUGUAAAUAUUAAUGGUAGCCGUAGCCUACGCGUAAGUGUAAACUAAUGCUAAAACGAUUGAAAAGAAACCUCCUCAUUGACGCCGCCCGAAACGGGGCUGCUUUUCUAUGCAAGGCAGUCGGUCGGAUCGGGCGAUUUGUAUAUAGUACUCAUAGGUCACAUCGAUAUACGACAUGGAUAAGAGAAAAAGAUGAAAAGCCACACAAAAAAACUACAUAAAUUGACACUAUCUCGACUAUUUAGUUUCUAACUAUGUAUAUGUAAAUGUAGCGAACGAAGAGAAACCUAAACUUAACUCGACUCUAGCUUAAUGUUAAUUUAAAAAGACCCCACACAAACAAACAUGCGAAGACAAGCAAAACAUUUAGUGAUUCUAUUUUAAGUACUUCUAAUUUACCCUACCAACCAAUUAUUUUUUUUCGAUUUUUAAUCUUAUUAUUUUAAUCUUUAUUUUUUAAUUUUGUCCAUCUACAAACCCUAUAUUAUUUUUCGGCCUAUUCCGAUUUGGAGCAUUUAUCAGCGAUGAAGUCAAUAAUAUUUGUAGUUAGCUCCUAACUGUAAACGAAAUGUAUUGAAUUUAUAAAUUGUAAGUUGAAAAGCAAACAAAUUUCAUGAAAACACAAAAACUGAAUUGGAACAAAACAAAAAUUUAAAAAAAAAAACAAAA